GUGACGAAGAAUCAGAUAAGCGUUAUCAACUUAAGCUCGAUGAGAUGGCCGCAUCUAAGAAGGUCGAGCCCCCCCUGCAGCAGAAGGUCAACCAGGCGUAUCACAGUAUGCGGAGCCUGGAGGCCAGACUGUCAAAGGCGGUGGAGGCUUUCGAGCGCAUCUCCAACGAGCUGGUCCAGGCACGUUCCAAUGUGGAGUCCAUCACCUCACAGUUGGAGGCCGCGGAGAAGUUGCAUAAAGAGCUGGUGGAGCAGUUGCACCAGUCGGUGGAUGAUAGGCCUCGGAACCCCGAGGGCGCUGUCAAGCAGGAGGUCAAGAUUUCGAUUUCGGACUUGCUUGGUGGUCAACCUCUUCCCAUCGACAUGUCCAGCCUUUUGGAGUGGGAAGCUGAUUACGACCUCAACGAAGAGGACAGAAACGAGGCUGCGGCAAGGCUCAAGACACUCAAUGAUGAGAUUCAGAAGCAGGCGAAGAAGCUCUUCGGUGCCGCGCAGGCUCACGCUGAGCGAGUUCGCAAAGAGAUGGAGGAGCAGAAGUCACGUCUGGCUGGCAAGAAGCGGAAGGAGCUGAGAGUGAUGGUCCACAUGACGGUCAGCCAGCCACUGCACAGGCUCCUGGUGGGGAAGCUCCGGAUGCUGUGGUACGGGCCCGACUUCGGCGUGUGCUGA